AUGUCUAGUAACGCAGAAGCUCGCCAGGAUCAUCCAGAUGUCGGAAGUGAUGAUGAUCGACAGUGGCCUCGUAAAGGCGUCAUGGUCGACGGCAGAAUGCGAUGGUUACAAGAAGGGGUAAUUGGAGGGCCUGUGAGCGGGAAAUUCGCCUAUGUUUUCCUCCAGGAUCGACAAGUCUUCCGUCUCUCCCCAAGCCCACCAAAAGAGCCCCAGAAAAGGCAUGGACGGGGAUUAGCCGAGGAGGAGCAAAGUAGUGAGAUCAUGGGAGACUCUAGGCACACCGAGUACAACGAGGCGCCUUUAGCCUCAACUGCUACCAGUCUACAACGACCGCAAGGGAAAUUACUCGCAAAAUCCUCAAACAUUUCAAUAACUAGAGAGGACCUGGACGAAAGGUUUUACGCAAACCUGAGACGCACGGGUCGAUGGCCUAAAGGCGAUUCUGUUGCACUUGAUAUGCACGGCAAUUUCGAUAUAGACUACGACAAUGAUGGGCCAGAAUUACGCCCAGAGAGUCAAUUGACAAACGCUGGGGAUCUGACGAUGGAAAACCACGAGGAGCUCGCAAAAAAGGCACGAAAGGAGACCAAGCGCCAGAUGAAGGCAUUCUCGAUGGCCCAAGGAGAGUUUGUUGAUGAAUUGAAAGAUAUCGAGCGAUCGUCAUCCGUAUCGUCCGUCUCUGAUAUAUCUGUCACAAAUUACGAAGCAUCACCUCAGAAUCAACGCUGUGAUCCAGACUGCCCACUUCGGCUAGAGGGUAAGUCUGGGAUUGUCGCCAGUGCAACAGACAAUGAGAAUGCACUUGAUGAGCAUGACCCACGGCUUGAGACGUACACUUAUGCCAGGAUCUCUCCAAGCCAGACACGCAUACUGGUUCUCAAAGGUGCCAAUGACAAAUCACCUUUGGUGGGGAAGCUACUGCCCAUGACCUUUGGCCCAAGAGAAGACUUUGGACGUGAAAACAACGAGAGCAUAUAUAGAGGGCAGUAUGAAGCCUUGUCGUAUACCUGGGGAUCUUCUGAGCGUCCAUACUCAAUCCGAUGCGAAACAAAGCGUUUAUUCAUCACUAAGAAUCUCCAUUCGGCACUCAUCCAUCUACGGCCCUCCGACGGAUACCGCUAUCUCUGGGUAGAUGCCUUGUGUAUAGAUCAAGAGAACAUCCCAGAGAGAAACAGUCAAGUUCGUCGUAUGCAUGAUGUUUACAGAUCUGCUCAUCGAGUCGUUGUUUGGCUCGGGAAGGCGGACGAGGAGAGCGGGAUGGCUGUAGAUUUUCUCAAAAUGUUUGACAGACGCAGAGAUCGGCAGAGAGUUCUACUCCGACAGCACAAUGUGACCUGCUAUGACAGACUGGAGAGUAUUUAUAGGGCUCUCGUCGCUUUGUAUCGACGGUCGUACUUUCGACGAAGCUGGAUUCGACAAGAAGUCGCGGUGGCGAAGAAGAUUGAGGUCCGUUGUGGUGAUGAUGAAAUGUCAUGGUAUGCUCUGAAGCGCUGUGCAGCAAGGUUACCUAGCGUCAGGAACUUUAUACAGAAGCAGGACUCUAAAACAGUCGGGGAAGAGUUCGCAAGAAGCCAAGCUCCGCUCGAAUUCCUGCAGCGGGGCUGGGUAUACGGACAGGCAGUUAUAAACCCAUUUGGGCACAUUAGAAGUGUCUGGUACUAUCAUGCUGGUGGCCUUGUGGACUUGCUUAUGGUCGGACGGGAGUUUGAUGCGAUGGACCCAAGGGAUAAAGUGUAUUCAGUCCUCAACAUGGCGGGAACACCAACGGAAACAGCAGAUGAUUCUGCCACAAAUACUGUACCAUGUAUCGAAAUUGACUACGAAAAGACGGUCUCUCAAGUCUAUCAGGAAGUCACAAAGUACAUUAUCAACCGAGACCGUAAUCUAGACAUACUAUGUAUUCUCAACACUCACCGAGACCAGAACUCGGAGGACCUGCCGUCAUGGGUUCCCGAUUGGCGUGUGCCGACUUCCCAUGCUAAGCUCAAAGAUUGCUGGGACUACUUUGGCUGCAAAUAUGCCGCUGCAGGAUUCACCAAAGCUGUAGCUCAGAAUGUAUCCGAGUACGUUAAAUUGACUGUCGUGGGAUACUCUGUAGAUAGGAUCCGAGACACCCUAAACUCGACUGUCCAGAAUUCUCAUGAUUUAAUGAGCAUUCGAGAUCAAGAAAGUCUCGACCAAUACACAUACCCAUUCGACGCCUCGCGUGACUUACGACGUCUAUGUAUCACUGAGUCAGCGCGCUUAUGUCUCGUUCCUUCAUCGGCACAAGAUGGAGAUUUGCUAGUAAUCUUGAGGGGAGGCAAGCUUCCGUUCGUUCUCAGACCUUGCGAGUCCGAAGAAGUUGCAGAAGAUAGUCUCCGAGAGGAAGAUUCUCCAGAUGAAGAGAAUGCACUGCAGGUGAGAAUCGUCGGUCCUUGCUGCAUCCCAGAUUUGAUGUAUGGAAAGGCCAUCAAAUCCCUUCAAGAGUCAUCAAUGGAGGAGGAAAAAGCUUGGAAUCUGGUGAUCUUUUGA